CUUUUUUACAAGAAGACAUGCAAAUUGAUUCUCAUAUUUCUCGAAGUUGUUGCCACUUUUCCGCAACAUUGAUCGGUUCUUACUGCGCUUACUUCGUGAAUGGCUGUCGUCGCGAAGUUUUGACAGUUGUGUUGUGACAAAAGGUGUAAUGAGAAAGGAUCACAGUCUCAAUCUCGCAGUGAAAAGGAAGAAAGAUGUGGACUUAUCAUACAUUAUGUACUAGUAAGGCACGUUUGGAUGGCAAAACUGCUGUGAUAACAGGCGCAAAUACUGGAAUUGGCAAGGAAACUGCUAAAGAUUUUUAUAAAAGAGGUGCAAGAGUGAUCCUAGCUUGUCGAAAUAUGGAGAAAACACAAAUCGCUAUAGAAGAUAUAAAGUGUAAUUCAUUUUUAAGCGCUGAAGAUAAACAAUUAAAAUACAAAUUGGGCGAACUUGUGUUCUAUCCAUUGGAUCUCUGCAGCCUAAAAAGCGUAAAGGAAUGUGCUAGUAUGAUAUUGACAAGAGAACAAGCCAUCCAUAUAUUAGUAAAUAAUGCCGGUGUGAUGAUGUGCCCAUAUGAGAUAACAGAAGAUGGAUUCGAAAUACAGCUUCAAUCAAAUUAUCUUGGACAUUUUCUUCUGACAUUAUUAUUGUUGCCAAAAAUGCAACUGUCUGCUCCAGGUUGCAGAAUAGUCAACGUAUCAUCAGUUGGUUAUAUUUUUGGCAAGAUACAUUUUGAUGAUAUAAAUCUGAAAAAUUCAUAUAAUUAUUUCCGUCCUUGGAAAGCGUAUAUGCAAAGCAAAUUAGCAAACAUAAUGUUUACGAAGGAACUUGCACGUCGAUUGAAAGAGGCGAAAAUUAGUGGAAUAAACGUAUACUCUUUACAUCCUGGUGUCAUAAAAACCGAAUUAGGUCGGAACUUUAAUAGGACAAUAAUCCCAGGAGCCACAUUUUUUUUCAAAUAUAUUAUGCGACCAUUUAUUAAAAAUCCAAAAGAAGGGGCACAAACAACAAUAUAUUGUGCGGUUGAUGAAAAAGCAGCUGAUGAAACUGGCCUCUACUAUUCAGAAUGCCGUGUUACUACGCCGUAUAGGUUUGCAAGAGACGACCAAACAAUUAAAAAUUUAUGGGAUUACACUUGCCAACUUCUACAUUUGAAAUCUGAAGAAAAUUUUUCUACAUUUUUGGAAAAUGUAUCACAUCAAAUUAAUGGAUUAUCAAAUGGAUCUUCUUUGAAUAACAUAGAAUAGAAUUUAAA